CUUACUUAAGAAAUGUCUAUUUAUUCAGGCUUUGGAACCAGACAGCAAGAAGGGUUUUAUAAUAAGAUCAUGCUUAGAGCUAUGGAGAUGGUCUCAGACCGUCUCAUUGCCUUUGUCAGAGGAGAUGGGUUUGAAGAAGAGUCUUGGUAUUUUCAUUUAAGAAAAAUAUUCAAGUAUAUGGAGGUCAUGGAGAGGCAAAAGUAUUUAGACCCAAAGUUUUCUAAUGGUCUUAGAAAAUUAAUCAAAGUGUAUAAAUAAACAUCUUAAUAUCCCUGACAAUUCGACAAUGACCAGCCGUAGCCUUUUAUUAAACAGUAAUAAGAAAGAGAUUGAAGAAGUUUUAGCAGAUACUUUACCAGAGAACUCAAUUAAAGAAGGAACUGAUGAAAAAGAUGCAAGCCAAGAUAAUCAAAAAUCAACUUCUGGAAAUUCUUCUAAAGCUCAACAAGACAGACAUACAGAUUUUAAUAUGAAUAAUCCAUCAAUGGUUAAGAAGAGUUAUGACCAGAAACUCAAAGAGACUCAUUCAAGAGAGAUUAAGGCACCAGAUGAUUAUGAAAAUGCAUUUGUCCAGUACAAUCGUCUUGAUAAUACCCCCAAAGUUAGGGUCUUGAACUACAACCGAGAAGCUCAGAAUGCAAGUAGUCUUAACAGGAGGUUUUAUGACCAACUUGUAACUCCUAAUGUAGCAUUUCCAUCCCAAAUGGGGCACAGGAAAGGCCGAAGAGUCCGAAGGAUAAGAUUACAGAAGAAUGGGAAUAUUUAUAGUAAAGCUACAAAAUCCAACAAUAGGGAAGUUAUUCGAUCAGUGCCAAAACAUUUCAAUAGAAAGAAAUUUGGUCAAACCAAAAUGAAUCUUAGUAUGAUCGAUGGAGCUCCUAUUUUAGAAGCAGAGGCUGAAACUAUCUUAGCUGCAUCGAGAAAGAGCAGACGGAAAUAUAAUAGGGUUAGGAAAUCAAGUAAAACCUCGAAGUAUAAGCCUUCAUUUCAGACUAGCUCUAGAAGAUCGAAUUCAGUAAAUUCUCAUCGAACUAAACGAAGAUCUUCCUCUAGAAGGAGGAGCAUGACUAAGUUCUUUGUCAAGAAGAAGGAUAACAAAAGUAACUCUCACAUGAGACCAAACAGAUAUCUGAAAAAUAUUCUCCCUAUUGUUGCUAAUGAGGGCGGAAGAGGAGCAAUUGCCCAACAGUUUAGCUCUGGAAACCAUAUUUAA